AUACUCUCUCUCUCUAUAUAUAUAUAUAAUAACACAAGUAUAAUAAUUACUAAUCAUCAUCAUGAUGAGGAAGACCAAGACGGUGGAGAAGAGAGACACCACCAGAAGGAAUACCACCGGAGCAGAAACUUCCGGUGGCGGCCACGGCGUAAGUAUGAGAAACAACGCCAGGUUUCGGUACGCCGAAUGCCGAAAGAACCACCUCCCCGCCGCCAGCAGAGGUGGAAACGGAGCGGUCGUGCUCGACGGCUGCCAGGAGUUCAUGGCAAGCGGUGGCGUUGAGGGGACUUUCGCCGCCCUAACUUGUGCUGCUUGCGGCUGCCUCAAAUUCUACCAUCGAAGAGAGUACGGAGCAAACGAAAGAUGCGAUGUGGGAUCGUAUCGAGGAGAAGUUCUUCACGGCGAUGAAGAAGGACGGCUCCUACCGAACCCGGGACCAACUCACUUCCAAAUGGAGCCACAUCAACAAAAAAGUCCGAAAGUUUAUGGGAGUUUCGAGGAAUGCUCCCGGUCUCGGAGGAGCGGCACGAACGACGCCGAUGUUCUCCAGCUUGCCACGACCCGGUAUCAAGACGACGGAAACCAAGGCAAGGUGCCCAUCGAUCUUUGGAGGAUUUUGAGUCGUUCCCCGAAGUGGCAACAACUCAACAAUCCCGACGGCGGAUCGUUCCGGAAAAGAUCCACCGUCAACGCCGAGGUUGAGGUCGACGAAACUAUCAGUUCUAGCAAUCAAAUCCCUCCCUUCAACAUUGCGGAUUCUGAUGACGAGGACCCCAUUCCACGGCCAAUCGGAAGAAAGAAGGCAAAAUUCAUUGUCUCGGGUUCGGGAGGGUCCGCCUCUAUUUCCGCUUCUCCCCACGACGAAAUCGGCCGGGCAAUGAUUGAACAACUUCGGACGUUCAAUCUCCAAGAACAAGAGAGGUUGAAGCUAAAGGAGAAGGAGUUGAAGCUAAAGGAGCAGGAGGCCGAGAUGAAAGUCAUGCAAACCGACCCCGGGACGUUGUCGGAGUUUGGACGAAUGAUUUAUGAGCAAAGAAUGAGAGAGAUCAAGGAGAAAUAUAAUUUACCUUGGUUUUUUUAUUAAUGUAUCUUUUUUUAAAUUCUUGACGCUUUUUUUAUUUAAUGAAUGUAUUUUUUUAUUAUUCGUGUUUCAAUUUAAUUAAAUAAUAAAUUAAUUACAUUUUA